UACGAUCUGUCAUCAUCCUUCGUACAAUGCGAAAAAGGGAAGUUGGAAGGAGUCGGAGCAGAGAGGGGACACCGCGGAGUCUUAUGAGAUCCUCCCGUACAGCUGCUUGGUUCCUGCUGUCAUCACUGUGAUCAAAUACACACUGACACACACUGAAGUAUCCCAGAGGCAAUAAUCACACCCGAAAUCUUCCACCGGUUUGCCGGUAUUUUCUGAAUUCCUCACAGUACAGUCAGUGUCCAGAGGAAGGGAGUGGACAGAGUGACAUGGCAAGUAGAGGUGGAGCUACGCGACCCAAUGGGCCAAACACAGGCAACAAAAUCUGUCAGUUCAAACUUGUGCUUUUAGGAGAGUCAGCAGUUGGGAAGUCAAGUCUCGUACUUCGCUUCGUCAAGGGACAGUUUCAUGAAUUCCAAGAGAGCACAAUUGGAGCUGCCUUUUUGACUCAGACAGUAUGUUUGGAUGACACAACAGUCAAGUUUGAAAUCUGGGACACGGCCGGUCAGGAGCGCUACCACAGUCUGGCUCCCAUGUACUACAGAGGUGCCCAGGCAGCCAUUGUGGUCUACGACAUAACAAAUGAGGAGUCAUUUGUACGGGCAAAAAACUGGGUUAAAGAGCUUCAGAGACAAGCCAGUCCAAACAUUGUAAUAGCCCUGGCAGGGAACAAGGCUGACCUGGCUAAUAAGAGAGCACUCGACUUCCAGGAUGCACAGUCAUACGCAGAUGACAACAGUUUGCUCUUCAUGGAGACAUCGGCAAAGACCUCGAUGAACGUGAACGAGAUUUUCAUGGCUAUCGCAAAGAAACUUCCCAAGAACGAGCCUCAGGCUGCCGGGGCCAGCAGCGGUCGCAACAGAGGAGUGGACCUGACAGAGACGGCUCAGCCCACCAGCCGCCCCUGCUGCAGUAACUAAUGAAGCGCUGCUUAUCAUCAUCUUCAUCUUCAUCUUCAUCAUCAUCCCCCCUACCCUCCACACACACACAAACACAUUCUCCACUCUGGACACUGGGCUCUGUCAUCAGACCUGAUCCUACGUCUCCUCUUCCUCCUUGUCCUCGUCCACAUGUUCCUUCACCCCUCCUCCUACUCUUUCUCUUAACCCCCGCCCGUUCUCCUCUCCCACCUCUUCAUCACUCCUCUGGAUUUAGCUCAAAGACUCUGUAUAGCUGCAUUUCUAAUACCUUAUUUUGUUGAUGUUUUUUUUUUUUUUUCUCUUUGUUCUUUUUAACUUUUUUUAAGAAGUGUAUAUCAGUAUAAUGGAUGCAUGUAUCACUACAACGCCUAAAAACACACACACUUGACACACUUUACACCCACAAACCUUUUUGUGUUUCUAAUAUCGAAGACAACCCCCGGUGGAAGAAGGCCGAGCGAGCGAGCGAGAAAGCAGUAAGUGUGUGUGUGUGUGUGUGUGUGUUUGUUUUGUCGACAAAAGGUCGUGGUCUGAUCUGUCACGGGGCUGUGUAUUAUUUUGCCCGUCAUGUUCUUGUACACGUUUGGCUUCCCGUCGCUGAAAAUCCGAAGAAAAAUGAAUCAUCAUACUCAGAGGCAACAUUUCCACCACCUGUGAAUGUCCUGACAGUGUAAGGAAGAACAACUCCCAUCUCUUUUACCAUCUGAUAUCAAAGAUGACGUUCUAGUCCCAGACUUCUGUCCAACAGUACUGACUCACAUGACGAACCAAUCUGCUACCAACCAAGAAAAUACAAAAAAAAUAAAUAAAAAAGUCAACUGUGCACUACUAAAGUAGCCAUGAUGAUUCAGAGAAGGCCUUCCAGGAGUGACUGUCAGCCUGAGAUGAUUCUCUUGGGGGAUAAAAGUUGAGGAACUUCAGUUUCUUAGCAGUUUAAACCCCGUGUCAGUAAAACCACAUUUUACUGUGAAGUGUCAGAUACCUGUAGUCCCAGGAAUCUCUUUUAGGGAUCUAUUCAGUUCUUGCUUGUGAUGGCUGUUUUUAAUGUGGCCUUUACCAUCUCCCAGUCUGGCAGGAAGGUGUCUUGAUGUUCCCAUCAAUCCAUUGGUUGAAAGACUUAUUAGUUCCUGCACUCAGAGAUAGUCCUGUAGCUGAAGACGACUUCUACGCCAAAAAGGAAACCUGUUUUUUUUUUUCUUAACUUCUCCUUCAAUGGGAUAUGUUACUGUUUGACUAAACCAGUCUUGGAUUUCUCAUCCUGCUUCAGUCUUUAUGCUUGUGAACAGUUAGUAAACUUGGACUUGCUUAAAAAUUUCCAUCACCAGAUCUCGAUUUGUCAGGAUUCGUGACCCGCCUUACGACUGGAGAGUGAUCAGCAACUCGAUUGUUUUGCUGGUACAGAGGCACAUCUCUGAACACAAUCCCUGGUGAGAAUUCAGCCUGACCAAUGAAAGAAUUAAAACAAUUCUCCAUCUCCGAAAAGGUGUUUCCCUGUCUGAUUAAUCUUCGUCCUACUUUCCUCUCAGUGUAGAGGAAACAUGAGGAACUGACACCUUUAGGCCAAAAAUGACUGGUAAUAACUGGUGUGACGGGAUCCUGUAAAUCAAUCUCUGCUUUUCGGUGAAUGUAGCAGCGUUGGGUCCAUUACAGAAGAACAUGUGUCACUACUGCUGCUGAUCGGAUUUCUCAUUACAAAACAAAACAAACAAAAAAAAGGAAACCUGAACAGGGUCAAACUUCAAACCUGAGAAAAGAAAGUCGUCUCUGUGUCGUCGUGCAUGAAGUGACCUUGAAGAACUGGGUGUGUGUUUAGAAGUCAAACUCAAGACACAGACUGACCAUACUGCCAUGUGUCAGGACAUAAGACCUAAAAAUUCCAAACAACUGUGCAGUAGGUCUGCUCUCUGUCUUUUCAUUUUUCUUUUGGUGGGGAAAAAAAAUAGGUUUAAGUCAAACUGUUCAAAACAGUGGUGGUCUUUAUUUUUUAUUUUUUAGGUAUGUGUAGUGUAAUAAACUAAAUUCCUAUGUGGUGUCUCGUUCUUUUCCAUGGUCAUGUUCAAGAGAAACUUUUAUUGCAUUGCACAGUGUUGAUCAUGUUUUAAUCGAUGAUGACUGCCCUUGGAUUUUAUAUGAAUGACUGUUGGACUCGCUAACCUUCAGCUAUUAACAGAUAGCGUCAACCUAACUGGUGGUCUCUCUCUUUCUCGCUGUCUGUCUCUCUACAGCUCAAUGAAUUUUAUUAAUGUACAACAGCAUUACUAGUGAUGGGCUGAUCAGUUUUUGAGUGUCUGAAUACAACUUAAUAAAUUCCAUAAAGUCCAAAA